AUGUCUGGAGAUAACCCAGAAAAUAACCCUACCGAAAGUACUGCAAGCUUUAUCGAUCAGGUAAAUAGUAAAAUAAGAGACCUAAUCGAACCGGACCUUUCUAGCGAAAAUAUCGAUGUUGGUAAGAUAUUGGAAGAUUUGAAUGCAGCUGUAAAGGAAGUAGGAGUCGAAGAGGAGGCACUUGAUACGUUGUUAGACAUAAUACUUGAUGCGCCGGUAUCAACAGUGUCUCGUAUUACAGCAACUCAGAAGCGCUAUAUUAUAAAAAACCUUCUUGUUCCUAAUCAAACGUACAUAUUAAAAAAGGAAUUGAUAUAUCAAAUCAUAAGCAGUAUAGGAAUACCACAAGUUUACUAUAAAAAUGGAAGACCACAGAGGGUAAAAAAAUUGCCCAAGAAUAUACAGUUGUGUUUAUUAGAAUGGUUAGUGUCUUCUAUUCAUUUAUUUGGGGAUGACGUUUUUAACAUCUUACAUAGAAUGCUACCCAUUCUUUUCAACUACUUGUCAUACGAAUUCCUGAGACCAUAUAUAGCAAACUUGAUUUUUCUUAGUGCGCUGAAUGAUGUCAAAACCUUCAGAACGUACUUAAACGAAGGAAGAACAUAUACGAUGAAUUCUUUCAAACCAUGGCAAAUUCAGUUGGUGAUUGAUUUGUACUUUAAAUUCCCUCUUGACGAUCAUUUGAAAAGUCUAUUGAUACUCUUUAAGACCUUAAACCCUGCAAUUGAUUUCAGUCAGUACUCAGGUGUUCACGGCAAUGCAUUAAAUGACUUGGGACGUGUUAACCCUAAGGUCCUACGUUAUCCAAAUUUCGACUACUUGGAUAAACUAAAUGAUAUUGAAAUUAUAAAUUCCAGUUCCAGAUUCAGCAACAGCGGUGUGAUUAAGGAGAAUUUGAGAAGAUACGAAAUCUUCCAAUCGACACUUAAAGAUAGAAAGAGAAUAAAAAAUGGCCAUUUUAGUGAACCAGAUCUAGACGUGGUGGAAUUUGGUUUAAACGAAAACGAAGUAUCAAUAAAUGACGUUCAUUCCUUCAAAAAUUUAAUUGAGAAUUUCGAUAACGUCAAAUUUAUAAGUGUUAGUGGACUUUUCAGGCCCUCAGAUGGCGUAUCCUACGAAUCAGAUAGAUUCAAAAAGUUCUUUCUUGUUUUGCAAGGAGUGUCGAAGAACGAAGCGUAUUUGAAAAAGUUAGACUGUUACGUUCGGUUUAGUUUAUUGGAUGAAAAUUUGUCGCUAAGAGAUGUUGAUUCUUUAACCAAUAAAAUUGCUAACUUCCUUACUUUCUGCAGUGGGGCAAUCAAUCUCAAACUGAUAGUGGAGUUUACUUUAUUCGAGUUCAAUGUGAGACCCAUUCAUAAUUUUGCAAAUGCAACAGGCCUAGAAUUGGAGAAUUUAACGCAAAGAUUAAAAUUCGUCAAAUUUUUACCAGUGAUAGAGUUCCUGAAGCUCAGAGACUCAUUUUUAGAAAAGGUUUUCUCGCUUCUCAAGAUUGAGCAAGGAGACCUUACAAGAAGGUCAAAAACUGAUCCUUACGUGUCGUCUUUCUUGAUUGAAAUAGCAUCCCUAUUUUCACUUUGGUAUUCAAUGAUGAAAGUAAAUAGUUACGGUUUCGACUCCAAAGAAAAAAUCUAUUCGAUAAUCAGGAAAUCGAUUCCUCUUAUUCAUCAAUUUAUUAUAGACAAUUACUUGUCGUCUUCUUUGGAAGUUAAACUUGCAUUAAUGAAAUUAUUCAAUGUUGUCAAAUCAAUGGAUCCAAGUGACCUAGAAAACUUGGAUGCAAAGGCACUAAUACCCAAGCCAGAAUUGGUUUAUGACAUAUUAUUUUGCAAUAGUCCGUUCCUUUUUUCAGAGCUUUGCGGAUACGUUAGCUAUUGCAAAAAUUAUAAGUUCAAGGACAGUGAACAAACUGCAAAAAUACUACAAAAUUCAUAUAUUAUGGACAUUAUAAACUUUUUCUGGCGUGAUAAAGCGCUAGAGUUUGAACCAGGUGUAAGUUCAAAGUCGAGAGCAAUGUGUUUAUCCCCUCAAUUUGUUCAUAAACUUGGAUCUUUGAAUCUCUUUAAUUAUUCCAAUCUUAUUUCUUUAAAUGUCAUGGGUAAUGUGUUUCACAACCCUUGCUGGGCUUAUUUAGGGGCACAAAUUGUGUGGAAUCUAGAGGACAACCAGGACACCGUCACCACAAGGCAUAUGGGUCCCAUUAGUGAAAAUAGCAUCAACGAGUUGACUCAUGAUCCUAGCCACAGAUGGCUAGAUGUUGAUUACAAGAAACUUAAGUUGGAGGUCUUGAGAGGUCUAGAUAAAAAAGGGUUCAAAGGUCUUGGUGACCUUUUGUUCACUUCUCUAGUAUCUUUGGUCAACGAAAGAGUUAAGUCUAGUUAG